AAGCUUUUUCUAGGGUUUAACUUCAAUUCUUCUGCAAUUCCAGCUCUGUAUUCUGUUUCGGCACUCAGUAUUCAGCAUUACCUGAAAUCUCUCGUCUUAAUCAGAAUAUGGACGUUGAAAUGGAGACCUCACCGAGCUACUUCGACCCUGAAGAUCUCACCAUUAGAGAACGGUAUCGCCGUUACGGGAAAAGAAACUUAACUUCAAGCAUAUCUCCCCGUCAGGAAAGUGACAUAUCAAAGUUCAAUGAAGCUACGUUGUUGUAUGAUGGACAGAACACCCACAGCCCAACAAAUGCUAUACUUCUUCUUGAAAACAUCAAACCAGAGGUUGAAAGCUUUGAAGUUAAACAGUCAGUGGAAACACUGGCCAGGACACAAUCAAAAAGGAAAUUGUCCAUUGAUCCUUGUGGAAUCCCACAGGCUGAUGUUGGCAGUGACUCAAUGCGUUGGGUGGGAAGUGUGUCAUUAAAAUCUAGCAAGAUUGAGGAUGAAUCAUUGGCUGAUAGUGGAGAAACAAGCUUUGCCUUAUUUGUUUCGUUACUUGAUUCUACUCUUCAAGGUUUAAUGCCUAUUCCUGAUCUGAUUUUAAGAUUUGAGAGAUCAGGCCGUGAUGUUUCAGAGUUGAUCAGAUAUGGAUCUAACAUACCACAUCGGUUUGGAGAGGACAAAAUGAUGAGGCAGAAGGCUCAACUCCUGCUUGAUGAAGCUGCCACUUGGUCUCUUUUGUGGCCCCUUUAUGGCAAAGGCAAUGCUUCUCUAACCUCAAAAAGUUUGCUCGAAUUUAUAUUUAUAUUUGGUGAUUUAUGGCAGUCCCCUCCAACUUCACAUUUAGAGGCAUGCCAGUUCGUUGUGAAUGACCAUACUGCACAGUUAUGCCUUUGUAUUGUUCAAUGGUUAGAACAGUUGGCCUCCAAGGCCCUUGAUCUGGAAAGCAAGGUGCGAGGAUCUCAUGUAGGGACUUAUCUUCCAAACUCUGGUGUUUGGUACCACACCCAACGAUUUCUUAGAAAAGGUGUUUCUGCUGCAAACACUGUUCACCACUUGGAUUUUGAUGCUCCAACAAGGGAACAUGCACAUCUGCUACCUGAUGGCAAAAAACAAGAUGAAUCUCUUUCAGAGGAUAUCUUGACUCUAUUAAGGGCUGGAAGAAUAGAAGAAGCAUGUGAUCUUUGCCAAUCUGCCGGACAGCCAUGGAGAGCUGCAACUUUAUGCCCAUUUGGAGGAUUGGACCUAUUUUCUUCUGUUGAAGCCUUGAAGAAGAAUGGGAAAAUAGAGUGCUGCAAGCCACUGAACUGGAAAAUGGCAUUGGUCACCAAUGGUGCCUUUGGAAAUGGGCUUCCUAUUGUGCAUCAGAGAUCACUAGGUAUGGGACUGAUAAGGGUCUCGCUCCAGAAAAUUGCUGAACAGGAUGGCGGAAAGUAUGAAGCAGCUGUGUAUGCAGCCCAAUGUAACAGUCUAAAGCGGAUCCUUUCAGUUUGCUCAGACUGGGAGGUGAGCUUGUUUGAUUCCAAGCUGGGGUUACAAUGGAGAUAUCUCGAUUAGAUGCUUGGUAUUCAAGCAAAGAUGGUUCUUUAGAAGGCCCAGCAACAUACAUUGUUCAGGGCCUUUGUCGCAGGUGUUGUUUACCUGAAGUCAUUCUUUGUUCUUUGCAGGUAUGCUUUUCACUUCUUUAUAUAGGUGCUUCGAUGAAGUGGAUUAAAAGCAAAAGCUGCCUUGUUGAAUGAAAGAGAGUAAGCAGUAGCUCUUGAGAAGUACAAUUAACUGAGUUUCUUGAUCAUGAACCAUGCUGAUUGAAAAAAAAAAUCAUGGACCAUAAUAGCUAUGCUAUUUGAGUUUAGUUAGUUAUGUAGCAGGCACUUGUUUCAUAACUCAAAAUUUUCAUUUUGAAGAGGAAGCAUUAACAAAAUUAAAACUUUCUUAAUAUUAAAGGGGUGCUUGGGAGACCAAAAACCAGAUCUGUAGAGUAUGUAGUUGAACUGCUUUUAGACUGAAGCAAGUAUGCAAUCCUAUUCUGAAUGUCUCUGUUUUUCUCCAUUAAGUAGACCUUGUAUACAUGCUUGGUUCAAAAAGCAUACUGAUUAUUGUUCUAUCAGUUCAUCAAUCAUCCCCCAUAAGAGAGUGAGAGUCAAAUUAUCAAAAGAAGUUGAAUUAGAUCAAAAGGUGCCGCAAAGUCGGAUUUCUUCAACUAUGCUUAUAUUUUUUUAUGGGAUAUCAAUUCACCUGCAGGUUUCUGUUUCCCUCAUGCAGUUUGGUAAUCCACCUGAGAACCAUGAUGAGCUGAUUGAAUUAGUCUCCAGCCCUGAAAAUGGGUUCCUCCAUUUGUUUAGUCCGCAACAACUGCCGGGAAGUUCAGGAAUAAUUUUGAUUUUAUGUGAAGAGAGAAGUAUAAUUUAUUAUACCCACCAUUCCUUGUCAAAUUCGUUUUCCCCUUCCUCUUCAUUUAAGUUUAAUUAUACUUAGACCUCUCGCUCUAGAGCAUUCUUUAGGUUGGAGUUUCCGGAUGCAAGCUAUUUAACC